AUUCAUAAGCCUUAUGGACAAUCCUAUUGAUCAGACCCAACGUGAUGAUGGUGAUGAAGUAAUGGAAAGUGAGCAGGAUCGCCAACAUUUUGAUAAAGAAUUUAUGAAAGCUUAUAUUGAAGAUCUCAAAGAAAGAGAAUCUGUCCCCAGCUACACCACCAAAGUAUCUUUCAGUCUUCAGCUUUGAUGCCAUCCAUCAGAAGCCUGCAAACUGUCCCUAUCUUGUGGAUCUUUAAAUCGUGUGUAUAGGUCAUGUGAUCUAGGAAUCAUAGGUUAAACUUAAGAGUCUAGAAACCAUUGUCAUAGUUAUUAAGAAAAAUAAUCUUCAAAUUUCAAAUAUAUGAAUAUCUCUUAACAUGGGGUUGGAAACUGAUAAAUUAGUUUAUAUAUUGAUGUUUACAAGUCCAUUUGCAUAUGCUUGUUUUCAAAUAAUGCACAUUGAUAUUUUAGAAAAUGCAUUCUUUUAAAAAAUUAUAACUUAAUGACUAAAUUCUGAAAUUGAGUGCACUUAUUUUCAGGAAUUAAGGGCUAAAGGCUUGUGAAAAGACCAUUUAUAGUCCUCUAGUCCGAGGAGAGUUUUAUUGUUAUUUUGAAAGUGUUUUAAUGAACUCUUUCUUUCAUUGAGAGUAAUGUUCCUUCAUACAAAAUGCUGUUUCCACAUGCUUUAAAGCAUAAUUUGGCAAGUAUGUUUUAAGUAUAUUUUGGCUCUCAGGAGAGACUUAAGGUGUAAUUUGGGCCUAGAGGGUAGGGAGAGGGGGUGGAUUAUCUGUCUGGGCGUUGGGCACAAGAAGUGUGGGCCUGGUUCAUCAUGGAAGCCUUGAAGAGCCUACAUGGAUAGCCAUCCUGUCCUGAGACCUUCCCCAGAACAAAGAGCAGAGGCAAAGUCCUCAGGGCUCUUUCCUUCGAGGUGGCCACAUAGAGGAAGGGAGCUGACCAGUCCACACUGACCAUCCCUAGCAAGACUGUCAUGGGCACUGCAGGAGAGCUCUGCCCAUAGCAAUGAUGCUGCAGUUCAGAGGGUGCCGGGGAAUCCUGUCUUUACAUUGACAAAGAGGGAAUUCAUUAGAGGGCUUUGGGUUCCUCACAUCACAUGAUUUGAAGAAACUGUAGGAAGUUUCGAUUUUUAUAUCAUUCUCUUAGGCUGAAACAAACAGGAUGUGGCUGAUUGUCUUGAUGUUAAACGUAAGUAGCUUUUGUAAUUAAGAAGGAAAGUAUGCAUAUUGUCAACUGUUUGUAUAUGAGUCAACUCCUCCAUGGUCUAGCCUGGUGCUGCCUGAUAGAGCUUUCUGCAAAGAUGGAAAUGGCCUGUGUCUGUGUUGUCCAAUCCCACACAUGUGGUCCUUGAGCACUUGAACAGUGAGUGACUGGUGUGACUCAAGAACUACAUUUUAGAUGUAAUUCAAUUUAAAUAGCCACAAGUGGCUACUAUACUGGACAGCAAGGUCUAGCCAGUUGGGAUUUUGGAGAAAGACUUUUUGGGCAGAAAUGAAGAAUGAGUGAUUUUAAUUUUCUCUUAGCUGAAGAACUAAUCUGUUCUCAGAGGCAUUAAACAAAAAAGGUUGCUAUAGAAACCUUGAUAUUUUGUCCAAUCGAUGUUUUGAAUAAGUCUACACAUCUUUAGAUGUAAACCAGGCAGAGAAUUCUCAAACCACAAGGUAAUGUUUCAGUAGAGGAUUGCUUCAACUUAAAAACAAAUUCUGAAAAGUAGGUGAAAAGAUGAAGAGAGUAGGAAAAUGAGAAAUCACUUAAAAAAACCUUACAUAAUUUUCUCCUCAUUCUUCUCCUGCUCCUGCUCCUCCUCCUCCUUCUGUUGGUUUUUGGGAACGGUCUUGCUUUGUAGGCCAAGCUGGCCUGGCAGCUGUGACCAUUCUGCCUCAGCUUCUCUAGUCUGGGAUUACAAGCAUGCCAGCAGCUAUAUUUUUCUUUUUAACACUUAAAAAUAUAUUUUAAAUUUAUUAGUUGUAUUGCUUGAGUGAUUUUGGAAUUUUAUUUCACGUCCCCAAGUAUGUUAUAUACAGCCAUAUGAAAACUAUGUGUGAAAAGGGGGCAAGUGGGGACUGUCACACAAAUAAGACUGUCCAUAGCUUAUGUAAAUUUUCUUUCAAUAAACCAGUCUUUUGUGUAAAAACCUUGCCUCAGGUGUCAUGUAUAAAUAAAGAAAACACGCUUUAUUGAUAUAUAGUUAUUUCAUGUUAUAUAAUAUUCUAAAACAAGUAUAUUAUUUGAAUAUGUUUUUAGAUCUAGUGUUUAACUUAUUCAUAUAAAUAUAAAAAUUCAGAAAAUUCUAAAGGUAGAAUAUGCAUCUUAGUGGAAAUAUCUUAGAAACUUGAAAAAAAAAUUUUUGUUUUGGUGGUACUGGGCCACCAAAAACCUGGUGGCCUUCACCUUGAGCCACUCCAACAGCCCUAU